CGUUGCGUAAUAUAAAAAAGCUCAAAAGAUGCAAACAAGAUUGGCGAUUUCUUCAUCUACAAAACUUCAUCGACUCUUAUUGGCACAAUCUCAAAAGUACAAAUCAUUUUCCUCUUCUAGUGGAGGUCGAACAGCUGAUCCUGCCAUUCAUUCUGGACCUCUUGAAGGAGAUGACUUGGAGGAAUCAGUAAAGGUAGCAGAAAAUGAAAAGAAACAACCCAAUAUAAAGUCUGUUAACACCAAGGAUGCAUUUGUGCCACACAAAUCACCUAUCAGGUCAUCUCGAAAGAUCGAAAGCACGGGCGUUAACCAACCUAUAGACCCAUUGACACAACAAAAACGACAGAAAUCUAGUAAUGCUACCGAUGAAACGUCAUUAAAAGAUGUUAGUUGUGCUGAUUUGGAUGAUUCUCCGUGGCCUGACGAAUCGAAAAGCAGGGGAGAUAAAUUUGAAGAUGACAAAGAGUAUUUUAGUCAUCAUAAGCCAUCUCCAUUAGCGGAAAUGGAGAUGGCUGAUACGAGGAAGCCAAUUACGCAGGCGACUGAUGCGCCUGCGGAUGAUGGCAUUGCUCUGUAUCCCGCCCCUUGGGGCGGGAUGAUGGUGUGGAGGCCGGAACAAUUGGAUACGGCUGAAGAGGCUCUUUUGAGAGCUGUGGAGAUAUGGAAAAUGAAUGCUAUGAGAGGUGAUCCGGAUUCACCUCAAGGUAGGAUUCUUAGAAAGCUUCGUGGUGAAAACUGGUGAUUUAUGUUUUAUGAUGAUUUGGUCUUGUUUUCUUUUAUGAAAACAGACAUCAUGUUUGUAAAUGGAAAUGUCAAGACUCAAGGGUAUUAUGGGU